GUCCUCUCGGUCCUCCACCUACUCCACAUGCAAAGCCUGUCGAAUCCUGGGCAAUCACAGGCCGUUCGCUUGAGCUUUCUUUCCGCAGAAGAUCAAGCAAGGUAUGAAUCGCUCUUUGCACAGGCAACAUCGAGCUCUGGUAGUCGAUAUAUUACAGCUGUGACAGCCCGAGAGAUAUUAUCCCGAAGUGGUUUAAAUGAUGAUACACUUGCUAAAGUCUGGGAUCUGUCUGCUGUAACUCCUUCACCACAGCUGAGCUUUCCGGAAUUCGCUAUUGCCAUGUAUCUCACAUCAAAGGCUAUUACGGGUCAAGCUGUUCCUAGCUCACUUCCAGACGAUAUUGCAGAAGAAGUUCAAAUUGCUGUUGCUACAUUGGAAUCAACCGAUACCGCGAAAGAUACUUCAUCAGCACAGGCGCAAUAUCCUAUGAUGACCGGAGCUCAACAGCAAAUGCCCAUGAUGACUGGGUCCGUAAGUCCUAUAAACGGGCAACUAACUGGAAUGCAAGGGAACGGUGGCUUGCCUGGAUUAGUUCCUCCGCAAAUGACGGGUUAUCAACAAAUGCAACCUACUGGCCUGCAAGUACCUAUGAUGACUGGCGUUACACCGAUUAUGGGUGCAAAUCAACAAAUAGCUAUGCCUACAGGAAUGAAUGCUCAUAAUUUAGAUUUCACCAGCCGAAUGAUGCCUAUGCCUACCGGAAUGUACAUCGCAAAUAGAAGAAAAGAUUUCCAGAGUUUGGAAGGCAAGGUUAAAAUUCCAUGGGCGGUCACGACCGAAGAGCGAGAACGAUAUAGAGAAAUCUUCAAGGCAUGGGACAGCGAUAAGAAAGGAUUUUUGCCUGGCGAUACCGCCAAAGAGAUUUUCUCGCAAUCCGGCCUUGCUCAAAAUGUUUUGAUGCAGAUAUGGAACCUUUCGGACCCGAAUAAUCAAGGAAAGCUGAACGCAGAUGAAUUUGCUGUUGCUAUGCAUCUUAUUUACCGUAAAAUUAAUGGAUAUGACGUCCCAACAUCGUUGCCUGAGGAACUUGUACCACCUUCCAGCCGUGAAUUAAGCGACAGCGUCAAUGAACUGAGAAAGAAGAUUGUUAACGACAUUGUGAACAAGAAGAGCACGACUUCUUUCUCAUCUACCAGCUCCUCUCCAGUCUCACGAUCUAACCCUCUCAGUCCUAACGCUCCAAGAGGAAGGGAAAAGUACAAGGAUGAUGACUCUCAGGUUGGAUAUAUAUCAAGCGCACGCCGUAUGGGACCGGACCGUAGAGGCAAUCGCACACCAACGUCAGAUGGCUCGUCUCCCAGCCCUCGAUCAUCAACUCCUGAAUACCGUGGCAAGACCAGCCGAAUUUCAGAUCUUCGUAAGCAAAUCACAGAACACAAGAAUCGCUUAUUGAAGCUCAUGGAAAUGGGGGCAGCUAACGCCGCCACGCCUCUACAAUCCUUGUCAUAUCUGGAUAGAAAGGAUAUUGAGGAGAUUCAAGAUCGAAUCAAGGAAUUGGAAAAGGAAAUUGUGCGAUCGAAUGUUGAUCAGCAUAAUUCAAAGGACGUUUGGACUCAAUACUCUGAGGGUACAAGCGAACUUACUAAGCUCUCAGAAGAAGAAAGAAGUUUACAACACGAAGUGCAGUAUCUUUUAGAAAGUACGAUCCCUGAUCUUGUGUCACAGUUGAAAGACCUGGAUACCGAAAUUGCUGAAAAAAAGAAAGCGUAUGGAAAAUCGCAGGCUGGUGUCAGCCCUCAAGUCGAAUCUUCAGCUAUAUCCAGCCCAGCACCAGAAAUUGAUAUUGUCGGCACUGGGCCGAAUGGAGAGAUCACUGAAAGUGACAAAAUCAGGGCCAAGGCAAAAGCCAUGUUGGCGGCACGCAUGGGCAAAAUUACUGGUCAAACACAAGCUUUGGCUUCCGCACCAUCCAAUGCAGGAACUCAAUUGAUCAAAGAGGCAGAGGAUGAAAAGAAAGAACACGACGACAGACUAUUUGACUUCGAGCGCUCGCUUAAUCAGCUGUCUGGAUCUAUUGAUGGCAUUCGUCGAGAUAUGAGUAUCAUUGGCCUUGACUUCAAUGCUCGCUCAGAAGACGAACAGCGGCUGCAAGAACGAAAUCGAUUUGAAGAGGGUGAUGGUGUUGCUGACGAUUUAAGAACAUUCAUACGAGAGCUCGCAUUAGAGACUGCAAGCGCACGCGCACCUGAUGUUGAUCCAACCUUCACAUCUCGCUUCCCAUCAUUUGAGGAAACCGACGAUAGCCACACUUCGAUACCAAGCUCAUUUUCUCCUCCACCAAACUCUAACUCUCCUUACCUUGAUAUUUCUGGCUAUAAUACCUCUCCUGUACUCAGAAGCCCUAGUCCUAUCAAUCGGUCUGUAUCGCCAAGACCCAAAACUGCAGCUGAUAUCAAGAAAGAAGCUGAAAGACGAGUACAAGAACGUAUGGCUGCUUUGAGGAUAUCCCGUGGAUUAUCACCAUCGCCAAAUCCACCUUCAGAUCGUAUCAUAGAUCAAAGUCGGUCAACCAAACCUCAACCAGAUGCAGAUGAACGUGCAGCUCAAAAGCGAUUGCGUGAAGCUCAGCAAGUUGCGCAAGAAAAACUCCGUCAAGCUCGUGAACAUCGAGAGGAAGUUGAACGUCAAACUCAGCAGAAGAUGAAAGAAGCUGAAGAAAGAGCAGCUAAAGCAGCUGAAGAACUUGAAGCAAUGGAGAAGCAGCUGUCAACGGAGACAUCGCUUGCACAAGAACGUGAGCGACAACGACAAAUGGCCAAAAAAUUGGAAGAUGAGCGACGCAACAAAGCAGUACAAGAUCAAAAUGAUUCAGAAGUUGCACAAUUAGACGAAGAAGCUAGGGCUGCCGAAGCCAGAAGAUGGCAAGAGGAGAAGCAACAACAGGAUCGUUUGGAGAGACUUCGUCGUGAAAAAGAGGAUCGAGAAGCAGAGCAGCUCAGGUAUAAAGAAGAGCAGGAAGCUAUUAUUAAAGGUGCCAGGGCGGCUCGAGAAGCUGCUCGCCGAAUGGAAGAAGAAGCUGCUGCGUUAUCUGGUGGUAGAGGUGACUGGUAGUUUUCUGGGAAAUCUCCCAUGGGACUCAAGCGACCCUUUUGACAUAAUAAAUCAGGAUUCCAAAUGAAAAAAUGUGCCAUAUAUUAUUUUUGUUUUUAUAAAAUUAGCUUGCAUAAGCUAUCAACAUUGACCUGAACAAGUGUAACUAAAACGUGGAAAAUUACCAGUACUUGAAGGUAAUCAAGAUAUUCCACACGUGGGGGGAUUCAAACACGCAGUCGUGGAGUCCAGCAAAGGAGAGGUGUUAUAACUUGACCAAUCCAAGGGCUUGUCUUCUAAGG